AUGUCAGUAGCGGUAUUUGGAGGAACUGGUUUCUUAGGCUCCAAGCUCUGUCGUUCAGCUGUCAAUCAUGGCUUCAAAGUCAGUUCAUAUUCCAGAACGCUCCCCCUGUUGAAACUUCCAGGGAUUGAAUACAAAUCAGCAGACAUAUUCGAUGAUUCGACAUAUUCCACUGAUUAUGAUAUUAUCAUCCAUUGCGUUGGUUCGAUGUUCUCCAAUCAGUCUUACAAAGAUAUCAUGAAGAAUCCAUUGUCAAUUACACGGAUGUUCCAAUCACCAAAUCCCAUGAAUAAGACUCGUGACAACUCCCUUUAUGGAAUUAAUACUGUUAGUCUAAUUUCACUUUUGAAAGCUUAUGAGAUAAAUCCAAGACCAAAGAAGAAAUUGGUGUAUGUUUCUGCUGAUACACAACUCCCUUUCACUCCACAUGAUUAUAUACGGUCCAAAAGAGAAUCGGAAUAUGUGUUAUCAAAAUCUGACAUCGACUCGUUAAUUAUCAGACCAGGAAUCAUGUACGAUACAAAGCCCGAUGGAAGAUUUAUCAUCACACAAGCUCUUAAGAAAGGACAUGAAGUGUUUGGAGAUUGUGAUAAAGUCAAUGGAUUUGUAAGACCAGUAACUAACGCUGAUGAUGUUGCAGAUUACCUCUUCAACAAUCUCGAUAAGAAAUUAAUCACCUUAGAAGAUAUAAAUAGUAAAUAA